CCAAUCAGUCAAACCUGUCCCUUCUACACUUUCAUGCAGACGAUCGACAAAGACAAAAAUUGUGAAAGUUUCUCUAGGAAAUUGGAAAACUGUUUUUAAAUUUCUACCAUGAAGAUUCCAAUUUUUUGCAUUCUACUUUUGACCUUUGCAGGUUUCAGCCACGGGAAUGUCGUUGCUCCUCGCCUUUGCGGAGGACGAGUUUUUGUUGAAGAUUCGGUCGUGAUUGAAGUCUCCACGACUCACGAAAACUGUCACUGGGAUUUUCAAACACAAGAGGAUCGUAUUCUCGUCUUCACUGUGCUCAACGGAGACCUCAAAGAAGCUCAAGAUUUCUUAGCUAUCCAUGAUGGGGCCAAAGAAGAUUCUCCGAUCCUCCUUUUAGAGGAUCAAAAGAUUCACGAACGUUCGAGAAAAGAUUUGUCAGCGUCCGUGUACACGACCCAGUCGACAGCCAGCAUCCGGUUCACCAAAGCGCCAAAUUCAAAUCUAAAACUCAAGAUUCAAAAGGCGGUUGAUUGCCCGUUUAAUUUGGGUACAGAAAGUCAGUGUGGACGAGUUGUCGACGAGGUUUCUUGCUACUGUGCUACUUUCACCAAAAGAAAUCAUCCAUCCCAAAGGUCCUAUUGCAACUCUCACAACAUGAAAUUACUGUCCCUGGAAACUUAUGAAAAAGAACUAUCCAUUCACAACGCUUGGGGCACUGAGGCGACAUUCUUGACUUCUCUAACCGACGCACCAAACGAAGGCACUUGGUAUUGGGAAAGUACCGACACAAUUUUGUAUCCAGGCUACUCUAACUGGUGUUCCAAACAACCCGAUGAUACCGGAGCAUUUGGUGGUGAAGACUGCAUGGUGAUUAAUUAUGGAGCCAAUGGAUGCUGGAACGAUUGCGAUUGCGACAAAGACGACUCUGACGCUAUCUGUCAAGCACUUCCUUAAUAAUGUUCUAUUUUUCAGUGUCUUUGAUUUGUUUUUGCUAACAUAACAAAGAAACGUGAAAAUUGAUUCUAUCGCAAGAGAAAAAUUAAAUAAAGUUUCACAAUGAUC